AUGCCGCUGGCGCGGACUUCUUCCGGUCUCACUUUUCUUUCGCUUCUUUUCUCUGCUCCUGUUGAAAUGGUGACUGGAUGGAUUGGUCUGCUGUACCGCGCGGGGUAUGGUCAAGUCUUGGCGUCCAGUGAGCUUGGUUCGAAUACGAGAUGUUGUAGAGUAGUCUGUCUAGUUGUGUUGUUCACCGGCUUUUGCGCUUGGAAGUAUCUUUCUCUUACAACUAUUGGUUGGGAUCUUCCUAUUUUGUUCUUGGUGGGGGAUGAUGAUGGGUAUGACGAACGGUUGCUUAAAGUGGAUUUUACCCUCGAGUCCAACCAGAAGUUGACUAUGUUUACCAACAAUGAUCACAAGACAUAG